UCCUUGGGCGGGAGGGUGUGUAUCGAUGCGAUUCGUGAAUGAGGAGAGGUUGUGUGUUUAUGUUUAUUUUUCUUCUUUAUUUGGCUAUUGUAUCAUCAAAGGGAGGAAAUUCAAGGAAGGAUAUUCUGAGCUUCCUUCUUACAAUCAAUUUUCAGAGAAGCUUAUAUCUUUCUCGAGUUCUCCAGUUAUCAUUAUCAUUAUCAGUCUGGACGGACAAUCCCUACAGUACAACAGAGAACCAGACCAGCAAAGAUUCAAAUGACUCCAAGUGUCCAAUCCAUCCCGAAUGCUGAGUUCCAUCACCACUUCCACUCCCUUAUCGAGUUGUCGAGCGAGGCACUGGGAAGCUCGGUCGUCGCCGUCUCCGAUCAAUGGUUCGCACCCGCUGAAUCCUUGCUCAAACAACACUCCCCGGUAGAUUUGAGUGGUCAAUUUGGCCCUAAUGGGGCGCUCUAUGACGGAUGGGAAUCACGCCGACACAACCCAUCUCACGAUUGGGUGAUCAUCAAGCUGGGCGUUGCAUCGGGAACGAUCAUCGGCUUCGAGAUCGACACGACGUUCUUCAACGGGAACGAAGCGCCGGCAUGCUCGGUCUAUGGGCUCGAUAGACUAGACCCUGUCCCGGAUUCUCCGGACGAUCCUCAGUGGCACGAACUUUUGCCCGUCGUUCCUCUCGGCCCGUCCGCUAGACAUCUGUUCAAGAUCCCAGAGACUAAGAAAGAAUAUCGUUACUUGAAACUAAACAUAAUCCCCGAUGGAGGGGUCGCGAGAUUCAGAGUGUAUGGCAACCCGAUCCCAGUGUUCCCUCCAGGGAGGUUCGACCUUGCCUCAGUCUUACUCGGAGCCAGAGUCGUCUUCACCUCUGAUCAGCAUUACGGCGUUGGCUCGAACCUGAUCUUGCCUGGUCGUGGGCCGAAAAGUAUGGAUGGUGGAUGGGAAACUAAGCGCAGUCGAAUCCCCGGCCAUUCUGAUUUUGUGAUCAUCAAAUUAGCCGAUAAUGGAUUUCUGGAUUAUACCGAAAUUGAUACCAAUUAUUUUAUCGGUAAUUUCCCUCAAAUGGUUGAUUUAUAUGCUACCGUUUCCGAUCAAAUUGUACCAGAUCCGAGUUCGAAAUGGACAGAGAUCCUUGGCAAAUCUAAAUUGGGUCCUCAUCAGCAACACUACUUCCAACUUACAAACUCACAAGAAAGCUUUACUCACGUCCGAAUGACAAUUUACCCAGAUGGUGGGGUGAAAAGGAUCCGCUUGUUUGGUAGAAGGACGGCCAUGAUCGAAGAGAACUCAGAAUCACCCAUGCCUGCUUCAUUUAUUCACGAGAAAAACGGGGUGACUGUUCCGAGGACAAGUGUUCCGAUGAAGAAAGCGGAGGGAAUGGAGAGGCGACUCCCGAUUCUUCCAUUGACCAAGACGGGCUUUGAGCGGUACGGAGCAGUGAUCGAAGCGCAUCUAGAUUCGAGAGCAAACUCGCCCGAGAUCCGGUCGAAAGUGGUGAACUUUGGGACGGCGAUCAAGUUCGAUAAUGUUGCGAGUCUCGAGACGAGCAGUGAUCUGAAUCAUCGAACGGCAAGACCUAACCUUUGCUUGUUCAGUUGCCAGCCUUGGCCGGCUCAUCUAUUGGCUGGUUCUGGGAAGCUCGAGUGGCGCUUGAAAGGCCUCGAACGUCAUCAGUUUAGCUCCCAAACUUUUGUCCCCCUCAGUACUCAUACUCGGACCGCUGAUCCUCUGGAACAGGAUCGGUUUAACUCUCAACCUGAGGGGAAAUAUUUGAUUGUUGUCGCCUUGGAUCAUGAUGGCAAACCAGACAUGGAUUCCUUAAGGGCUUUCUUGGGCACCAAAAGCCAAGGGAUUAGUUACUUUAAAAAUGUCUGGCAUGCGCCUCUAAUCGCCACCAACAACAGGAUGGAUUUUGUCUGUUGGAUCUACGAAACUGGCGACCCAAUAAUCGAUUGCGAGUUGGUUGAAGUGGACGAUGUGGUCUGUGAAUUGUAGAUAAUUAUGUACGAUGAUUCGAGGGGUCGAGGAUCACUUGUACUACACCUCUUCCGUGACUUCCUCGAUACCUUCUCCUAGUGUAUGCUUUAUACUUGUAGCCGUUACCUUGAUCAAGAAUCAAUUCUCACUUUUAUUUCUGAUUGUCGAAGUAAAAAUAUAUAGUAUAAAAGUUGUUGAAUGGACAAUGUAUGUAUCACGUUAUAAUCUUUGUUUUACUUGGGUCGAUCGCACUUCAUGAUAUGCCACAAUGUGUAUCUAUUGUGCUACGAGAAAAGAAAAAAAAUAUGGUCAAGAAAUGUUGAUUUUUUUACUCCC